AGCUGCCCUACUGGCUAACCCCCCCCUACUCUACUCCUGCAGUGGCGCUGGCCGGCUACUAGGCUACUAGCGCUCCUGCUCCGCUGCUCCUGCCGCUGCGGCGCCAACGCGGCCGUCCUCAUCCAUCCUCUCUCUCUCUCUCGUCGCCAUUGGCUAGUUUAUGCGUCUGUUCCAUAAAUAGUAGCCAGUUGCUCACUGGUCCUUUGCGCAAAGAGGAGAGCUCCUAAAAGAUACUCCUACCAGCGGCCGGCCUUGACUGCUCCCGGCCCCGACGCGCGCCGCAGAUCUACACCUGUAAGCGUUUGCUGUGGCCGUGGCUUUCCCGGCCGGCCAGCAGCUAGGGUUCUCGUGAGCUGCUGCUGCUGCUGCUGCUGCUUGCAGCGGCGGCGCCGGCCGGCCGGGUGGAGCGGAUGGCGGGGAAGAGGGAGCGGAUAGCGAUACGGAGGAUCGACAACCUGGCGGCGAGGCAGGUGACCUUCUCCAAGCGCCGCCGGGGGCUGUUCAAGAAGGCCGAGGAACUCUCCAUCCUCUGCGAUGCCGAGGUCGGGCUCGUCGUCUUCUCCGCCACCGGCAAGCUCUUCAACUUCGCCAGCUCCAGCAUGAAGCAGAUCAUCGAUCGGUAUGACUCCCAUUCCAAGACGCUGCAGAAGUCAGAAGCGUCAUCGAAGCUGCAGUCACAUGUGAAUGACAGCACUUGUGUAAGGCUAAGGGAGGAGCUUGCCGAAGCAAGCCUUAAGCUCAGGCAGAUGAGAGGAGAGGAGCUCCAGAGGCUGAGCGUCCAACAGCUGCAGGAGUUAGAGAAGACCCUCGAAUCCGGCCUCGGAUCUGUACUCAAAAUCAAGAGCCAAAAAAUCCUCGACGAGAUCAACGGUCUGGAAAGAAAGAGAAUGCAACUGAUCGAGGAGAACUCAAGGCUAAAGGAGCAACUGCAGGUGGCAAGGAUGGAGAUGCAGCUCGGUGCCGAUUCAGAAGUUGUGUAUGAGGAAGGGCAGUCAUCUGAAUCCGUGACCAACACAUCCUAUCCGCCGGCCGACACCGACGACGGCGGCUCCGAUACAUCGCUCAGGCUCGGGUUACCACUCUUCAGCUCGAAGUGAUGGAGCAGAACUGUUCUGGACCAGAGUGACGCCGUCACGGCGAUUACUUGCCCUCUCCAUUGUGAAUUCGGGAGCAGGAUUCCUGGAUUGAGAAGCGGCCAACGCGUCGCAUCAAAAUAAGUGGCAUUAUCUACUGCUGGAUGAUGUGUGUAUUCUGAAAAUGGCUAGCUUUUGUUAUACAUCAUGUUAAUAAACAACGGAUUCCUUCUUGAUGUUACCUGAAAUCCAUGUCUGUCCUCUGUUUUGACUACUCGUAA